GUGGCUGCGGGGCGCGGGGCGCGGAGCGGGCGCGGAGCACGGCGGUCGGCACCAUGGGGCAGAUCGAGUGGGCCAUGUGGGCCAACGAGCAGGCACUGGCGUCUGGUCUGAUCCUCAUUGCUGGGGGCAUCGUGGCCACUGCCGGACGCUUUGCCCAGUGGUACUUCGGCGCCUACUCCAUUGUAGCAGGGGCGCUUGUGUGCCUGCUGGAGUACCCCCGGGGCAGGAGGAGCAAGGGCUCCACCAUGGAGCGGUGCGGGCAGAAGUACCUGGCAGCUGUGGUGAAACUGUUCGGACCUCUCACCAGGAACUACUAUGUCCGCGCUGUGCUACACCUGCUGCUGUCAGUGCCUGCAGGCUUUCUGCUGGCAACCAUCCUGGGAACAGUGUGCCUGGUCAUCGCGAGUGGCAUCUACCUGCUGGCGGCUGUUCGGGGAGAGCAGUGGAUGGCCAUUGAGUCCAAGCCCAAGGAACGACCACAGGCAGAAGACAUCAAGCAGCCGCCCAGCAACCCCCCACCCCGGCCUCCGGUUGAAGCCCGCAAGAAGCCCAGUGAGGAUGAAGCAGCCGGAGGCCCCCAGGUCAAUCCCAUCCCGGUGACUGAUGAGGUGGUGUGACCCUGGCCUGGGGCCGCGGGCCGCGCUGCCACCAUCUGCCACAUGGCCACCAGGGGGCAGCCGUGGUCACUGCAAUAAACACAUUGAAUAGUU